AUGGCGAGCCACUAUUAUCCUCCUCCGCCCGGCGCGGCACAAAGCUCCCCAGCUCCUCAACAGCAACAGCAACAUCGCCAAUAUGCGCCGCCGCCGACUUCUCCUCCAGCGAACCAAACACAAUUCUACCCUCCUCCACCUCAACCUCAAUCUCCACCACAGGCUGGGCAAGCCAUGAGCUAUCCUCCACCUCCUCAGCAUACACCAUCGCCUCAGGUUCCUCACCAGCCUACGCCGGUUCACUAUGCGGCGCCUCCCCAGCAGCAGGCAACUCCUUCUCCUCAGAUAAGGAAUCAUUCUUAUAGCUCUUCUCAAGGAAACUACCCUCCUCCUCCCAUGUCGGCGCCAGCGUACCAGCAACACUUCCAGUUCAAUCAGCCUCAAGCAACCCCUCCGCCUGCACAGACUCAGUAUCCUGUGCCAGGUCAACAUAACAACUUGGCCAUGAGGCCUACAGCAACUCCUCCUGCACCAACACCCCCUGUGUCAACACCGCCGGUAGCUACACCUCAGUCUACUCAACAACAUUUUGAACCACCCCCUGCGCCAGUGUCGCCUCAACACAAUGAUUCGUACCCAAUUGAGAAACCAAAGCAGGAGUUGGAGCAGCAACAGCCACAGCAACAACCUGCCGGAGGUGCGGUAGCGAUGACUGUUUCUGGUGCACCUCAAUCGGGUCACUUUGUUGGUGCUGAGGCCACGUCUGAUGACAUCGGAACAUUCAAUGGAGGCAGCUACCGUAUCAGCCAUCGCGACACAAACAGUAUCCUCACCAUACAGUUAGCGAUGGGCUGCCCAAUGGCCGGCAAACCAGGCGCAUUGAUCGCCAUGUCUCCCACCGUCACUUUGAAAGGACAGGUGAAAUUCAGCAUGAAGAAGAUGAUCACUGGUGCCGACUUGACAAGUUCAACGUAUGUUGGUCCUGGCGAGGUGCUUCUCGCGCCACACAGUCUUGGCGAUAUCACUACCAUGCGUCUCGCGGGCAACGAGACCUGGUCAGUAGGCCAAGAUGCAUUCCUUGCUUCAACACAGGGCGUUAUCAAGGAUUUCAAGCGACAAGGACUUGGAAAAGCCAUGUUCAGUGGCGAAGGCCUGUGGGUUUACAAGAUCAGCGGCACAGGACUGCUCUGGGUGUCGAGUUUUGGUGCCAUUAUCAAGAAGACGCUUGUCGAAAACGAAAAGUAUAUUGUAGAUAACGGCCAUUUGAUCGCAUGGAAUUGCAAGUAUGUUAUGGAGCGUGUUGCCUCGGGAGGUAUCAUUUCGGGAAUUGCCGCUGCAGAAGGCUUGGUCUGCAAGUUCACUGGCCCUGGAACUGUUUACAUGCAGACCAGAAACGCGAGGGCAUUUGCUUCCUUUAUGGGCGGGCAGCAGUACCAGGGAUAA